CUUUGACUUCAUAUCAGAAACCACACAAGGAAACGGCACCCGAGAGGCUCGUCCUGGUCCUGUACUGAUGAACGAAGAUAUUAGUACAGAACUUACAAGAAGCACGCAAGAUAAUCUUCAUUUAAGGCUUUGGCUUGCCGUUGGAACAAGUGGCUGUCCUGUCUCUGUGCGUACUUAUCGAAAUCUAUGACUCUCUGGACUAGGAAAGUCAUGGAUACUUAUGCGAGACAGGUCAUUGGUCAACUCAGUCUGCGGAAGCCGCUAAUUCAAUCAAAACCUCCAGUAGCACAGAGUCAAGAGAUGACGAUCGGUCAUGCGCCGGAUAUUCAAGAAGAACAAGAGGGCGAAAUGGAGUCGGAAAUUCAGCGUCAUCAAGAUCCAGAAGCCCAGCCGACGUGGAGUGCGAAGGAACAAUUGGACUUCCUUAAUAUUGUGAGGAGCCUUAAGUACGCAUCUCCGUCCAGCACUACCACACAGGGCGAACAAGAAGACGGGCAGCGGCCUCUGAGCACUGCUCCUGAGUGGAUACGGUUCUUGCAAAUUAUACGCUCUGCUUUGAUGGAGGCAGUAAAUAAGAGUAGCGUGG